AUGCAAAAUACACAUUUUAGUGAUGGCUUACCUGGCCCCUCUACUAGCACUCAUUCUGGAAAUAUUGAUUCAAAUAUUCAAAAGGUCUCAAAGGUCGGUAUGCUAUUAAAUAAUCAUGAAAUUUUAUUGUCAACAGUUUUAGUAAAAGUUAAAGAUAUUUCAGGAGAUUGGCAAAUAGCUCGCGGUAUCCUCGAUUCGGGUGCGCAAAGCUCUUUUAUAACAAGAUCGUUUGCCAAUAAAUUAGGACUCCGUAAAUAUCAUACAAAUAUGAGCUUACAUGGUCUUGAUUCUAUGAAUGCCAUUGCGCAUGCGGGAAUAAACUGUACGAUUUCCUCACUUCAUGAUGUCGAAUUUACUUUAGAUACUACCUUCAUUAUUUUGGAUAAAAUUUGCGAAAAUGUGCCAGCGGUUUCAUACGAUGAAAGCUGCUUUAAUUUUAUACCUAACUUAUCCCUUGCAGAUCCUCAAUUUAAUCAGUCUCACAAAGUUGAUAUGUUAUUUGGGAAUGAUAUAUACCCUUAUGUGAUGAGAGAGGGUAGAAUUUAUUUCGGUCCUGAGCAGCCCGUGUGUCUUAACACAUGUUUUGGUUGGACAAUAAUGGGCAGAUUGGCUACGAAACCCCCGUAUAAUAAAAUUGUCAAUACCUUUUUUACAUUAACCGAGAGUAACCAUCUGGAUUCUAUUUUACAAAAAUUCUGGGAAAUUGAGGAGAUGCCUUCUUCAAACCACAUUUCUCCUGAAGAAAAGUACUGUCGCGAUCAUUAUGCUUUUACAGUAUUCCGCGAAGAAAAUAGCCGUUUUGUUGUCUCAAUGCCGUUUAAAGUACUUGAACCUGAUUUUGGUGAUUCUCGUAGUUUGGCACUAGGACGUUUUCUAUCACUUGAAAGACGUUUGUUGCUAAAUAAAUCUAAUUAUUUAACAUAUUCUGAGGUUAUGCAGGAUUACCUGGAUCAAGGACACAUGACUCAAGUUUCAUUUCCCGGUGAUCUUCACUAUGAUUAUUUUUACAUUCCACAUCAUGCGAUUUUCAAAAAGGAUUCCAGUACUACACCUUUACGGGUAGUCUACGAUGCAAGUAGUCAUGCGGCUGGAAAACUAUCACUUAAUAAUGCUGUUUUUACAGGUCCUAAGUUACAACAAGAUUUGGGAGCCAUACUUUUAUCAUUUCGCUUGCAUAAGAUUGUCUUUACCUGUGACAUUAAACAAAUGUAUCGAAUGAUUAAAAUACAUCCCGAUCAACGGCGCUAUCAACGUAUUUUAUGGCGAUUUUCUCCUUCAGAUCCCAUAAGGGAAUAUGAAAUUAAUGUUGUGCUUUUUGGAGUUGCUUGUUCUCCUUACUUGGCAAUUCAAACUCUUCUACACUUGGCUGAUGAAUAUUCAGAUCUUCCCCUUGCUUCUGAAGCAAUUAGGAAGUCUACUUUUGUUGACGACGUCACCUCAGGUAGUAUGGAUCUAAACGGGGCAAUUUUAUUAGGAAAUAAAUUAAUCGAGUUAUUGGCUAGGGGUGGUUUUGAGGUCCGAAAAUGGACAAGCAAUGAACCUAAAUUACUUGCCAAAUUGCCAGAAAGUCAUAUACAGACAAAUGCCUUGUCUUUUGACCAAGAAUCAGAAAAUGUUCAAAAAAUUCUAGGUCUAAAAUGGAGCUCAGUAAAGGACUAUUUCUUUUUUUCUUUUGAUAAUUCUAAAAUGGAUUGUUAUACAAAAAGAACCAUUCUCUCCGAUCUUGCGAGAAUGUUCGAUCCUCUUGGGUUUUUAACCCCGAUUACUUUUUUUGCUAAACUUGUUAUCCAACAUCUUUGGUCACUAGGAUUACAGUGGGAUGAAGCUUUACCCCUGAAUGUCUGGGAUAAGUGUACAAAAUUUAAAGACGAGUUGUCGUUACUCCAAGAUUUUCAUAUGCCAAGAGAAAUCGAUAUUUCUUCUGUACAAGCCGGGCAGCUUGUAGGAUUCUGUGAUGCAAGUGCUAACAAGUAUUUACGACAAAUCUUUGCAGAAUGCGUUGCUCAAGAGACUUUAUCAUUUCGUUUUAAUCCACCUGCUAGUCCUCAUAUGGGAGGAAUCUGGGAGUCAAACAUUAAAUGUGUAAAAACUCAUCUUUUAAGGGUAGUAGGAAUACGGAUCCUUACCUACGAAGAACUGUCUACCGUCCUAACAUAG